AUGAUAGAGGAAAGACUUCCAUCUAGUGGAUUGAAAGCUACACCUCACAUUGAAUCUAGAGUUAAAUUAUUGAAAAGACAAUACAAUGUCAUAAAUGAGAUGAUUGAGAAUGGAAGUGGCUUUGGAUGGAAUGAUGAAGAGAAAUGUGUUACCGCUUCAAAAGAUGGUUUAAGGCACAAACCUUUCCCACACUAUGACUCGUUAGUUAUAGUGUUUGGAAAAGAUAGGGCCACUGGUGUAGGGGCUGAAACAACAAUUGAUGCUGUGGAGGAACUUGAUACUGAGAAUUUGGAUAACAAUGAGGAUGCAAUAGAAGUUGAUGUUGAGCUUGAUAGUGACUAUAAUGAUCAAGAUAAAGAAGAUGCAAUUGGAUCAAAAAAGCAAACAGUGAAUGAGGGAAUAAAUCAGAAAACUGCAAAUAGCAAGAAGAGGAAAAGAAAUGAUGAAGGCUUCUCAAGAUUGGUUGAAGAAAUUGGUAAGUUUGGGAAAUCUUAUAAAGUUGUCCAACAAGAAAUACAUGAAAUUACCUCUUAUUUCAAAAAAGAGGUUGAAGGAAAAAAUAGAAGAAUGAGUUUGUUUAAUGCUUUGUUAGAAUUCGAUAGUGUUAGUAGACAAGAGUUGCUUAAUGUUAGAGAGCAUAUUAUUAAGGAGGAGCACAAGAUUGAUUUUUUCUUUGAACUGCCUAUGGAUUUCUUGAAGGAUUAUGUCAUUAAAUAA